UUUGGUCAACAAAAAAUGGAAUGGCUUAUUUGGUCGAAUAAGUUUUGUAAUGCACACAUUGUUUUGUGUGUACUGAUAAAAGUAGGACACGUGAUAUCCAGGCAACUAUGAGAAAAAAACACUUUAUAUCGGAGUUGUCGCGAGAUGGCUAUGCAUAUUCAUAUCAUGAGGCUAGUAAGCAUAGCAUCUCUUCAUUGGAUACGGGUGGUUGACAUCGACAAACCCUCGUCGAAUAUUACAAUAAUGAGAUGUGUCCACCAAUCCAAAGAAAGGAUAGGCGGGAACUCGUCAGCCCGACGUUCUUCUUUGUGGACAAUGACUCCAAUUGUUAGGGCGGAGAGACAUGUAUUUUGUCAGUAUACCCAUAAUCUUUGCUGUAACAUAGUUAGAACAAUUCCAUCACGAACACUGUAUCCAGUUUCACUAUUUGCCACAAAGUCAAAAUUGUGCUUUUUGGUCUUCAUUUAAGGUUAAGCAUAAGGUUAGUAGUGUGGUUAAGGUUAGGGUUGUGUAAUCAGAUUUUAAUAAGAUAAAUUGUAGUCAAAUGCGGGGUUUAUGACUUUGUGGGUGUGUUAACUUGGGAACCAGGUUCCGGUGACGCUAGCAAUCUGAUUGGUUGGUCGCACUCACACAAGAGCACCACGGCGCAAGCGAGUCUAUGAUAUGGGACGAAGAAAACGGUCAUUGCCUGUUCAGCAGGAAAAAAUUGAGGAUUUGGAGGCAAAACAUGCACGAAUUGAGGAAUCUGAUGGUUGGACGGGUGUCAAUGAGCACAGCUUCAUAGCUGUGAAACCGGAUGGUGUGCACCGGAGGCUAGUGGGAGAGAUCAUCCAGCGCUUUGAGAAAAAGGGCUUCAGAUUGGUGGGAAUGAAACUAGUCCAGGCAUCCGAGGAUCUCCUGAGAGAGCACUACAGGGACCUGAGAGACAAACCCUUCUUCAAUGGAUUGGUGCGCAACAUGAGCUCUGGACCCAUCGUUGCCAUGGUGUGGCAAGGUCUGGAUGUGGUGAAGAUGUCUCGCAAGAUGCUGGGGGAGACCAACCCGGCAGACUCCCUACCAGGAACCAUCAGAGGAGACUACUGUUUGGAAGUGGGCAGGAAUGUGAUCCAUGGCAGUGACUCUGUGGAGAGCGCUCAGAGAGAGAUCUCUCUGUGGUUCAGGCAGAAUGAGCUACAGUGCUGGGAGGACAGCAGCGGACACUGGAUCUAUGAGUGACACACACACCACUUGUAGACCACCCAAGUGCCUUCAGAAACUAUUCAUACCCCUUUACUCUUUCCACAUUUUGUUUUUCCAAGCGGGAUUAAAAUUGAUUUAGUUGUCA